AGCCAAGCCCACCCCCUCCUUCAACACAGAGCCAGCCCCCCCCCUCCUUCAACACAAAGCCAGCCCACCCCUCCUUCAACACAGAGCCAGCCACCCCUCCUUCAACACAGAGCCAGCCCACCUCCUUCAACACAGAACCAGACACCCCCUCCUUCAACACAAUCUCACCCCCUCACCUUGCAUCUAGUCUCAUCUCUCGUCGCAAACCUUCCCUUGGUGAACUUGGCCAG